CCGUUCCUGUUCUUUCCUUCUGUUUUGCUCUUCUUUGGAUUUGGCUGCUGGUGCGCUUCGAGCUUCGUGUGUCCGGCGAUAUGCUGGUGUUCUUCCAACACCAUUAGAUGUGACAACGUCACGGAAAAGUCUGUUCGGAUGAGCGAAAGGGGUCCAAGACUGUAAGUGAUGAAUUUUACAUCUGAUCUGAUUAGUAUUUUGUCGAUGGACAUGGUAACUCGAAUUGGUGUGCAUUUACGCAGGGGUCAAAUAAAUUGCAACCACAGACCAUGCAAAUAAAAUGUUCAAUAAGAAUAAAUCAAAGCUUAAAGAUAAGGCAUGUAUGGUGUUUUAAAAAGCACAAGUGUUAACUUCUAGCAUUACUUGCCUUGAUGGCCUACUUUCAGAUGACGUAGCCUAUAAUUGAUCCAUUACAGGUAACAUAAUAACAUUUGCCACUGCCUCUCUUUCCAUUGUACGGUCCACAUUAUAUUCCAAAGCCUUGAAAGUCUACGAAAACUUAAGCUAAUUUUGCGUUGAUUUAAAUCCAACAUAGAACGACGCACAAGCUCAUUUACCAAGAAACUCAAGCUAUUGCUCCGGAUGCCUUUCUCCAGUCCUUGGUGGCUGACUAAGAUAAAUUAUGUUCUGCUGUUUCAUCCUCAAAUCCCUAAGCUAUAAAACUCUAUAUGGCCAAUGACUGUGUCUGCUGUCGUUGUGAAUUUAGAAUGACUUGAUUUGGAUAUGGCUAAAUGCUGGAUCAGUAGUAAUUCUCACAAAACCUGAACAAGCACUGCACAGGGUUUUUCAAUUAUAAUAUUUCACACCCAAGCAGAAGACAGAAUAGACAAACAGCUAACACAUAAAGAUAUAUUGGAUCCAGGGAUAUAGAGGUUACAGUCACCAGUGCAGCUAACACAGAAAGAUAUUGGAUCCAUGGAUAGAGGUUACAGUCACCAGUGCAGCUAACACAGAAAUAUAUAUUGGAUCCAGGGAUAGAGGUUACAGUCACCAGUGCAGCUAACACAGAAAUAUAUAUAUUGGAUCCAGGGAUAGAGAGGUUACAGUCACCAGUGCAGCUACCACAGAAAUAUAUAUUGGAUCCAGGGAUAGAGGUUACAGUCACCAGUGCAGCUAACACAGAAAUAUAUAUAUUGGAUCCAGGGAUAGAGAGGUUACAGUCACCAGUGCAGCUACCACAGAAAUAUAUAUUGGAUCCAGGGAUAGAGGUUACAGUCACCAGUGCAGCUACCACAGAAAUAUAUAUUGGAUCCAGGGAUAGAGGUUACAGUCACCAGUGCAGCUACCACAGAAAUAUAUAUUGGAUCCAGGGAUAGAGGUUACAGUCACCAGUGCAGCUACCACAGAAAUAUAUAUUGGAUCCAGGGAUAGAGGUUACAGUCACCAGUGCAGCUACCACAGAAAUAUAUAUUGGAUCCAGGGAUAGAGGUUACAGUCACCAGUGCAGCUACCACAGAAAUAUAUAUUGGAUCCAGGGUUAUAUCUGUUAUAGUUAAGAGUUUGUUCCAUAUAACAUUCCACCACAUUACAAUUUCCAAUAUAAUUUUUUAAAUCAUGAAGUCCUCCUUUUUUUGAUCUGUCAAAUAGUUUCAAAGUACAAUAAUAAAAGACAUUGACUGUUCCAUACUCCCCAGGGUCCAGAACCAUCUGUCUAUGAGCACUAUAGCACUCAUUUGAAUGUCUGAGAAGAGUCCAUCACACCCCUUUUGAUUACAAUUGUUACAAAUAACCUGUUUUUGCUUCAAAUCAAAUUUUAUUUGCCACAUGUGCCAAAUACAAGAGGUGUAGACCUUACAGUGACAUGCUUACUUACAAGCCCUUAACCAACAAUGCAGUUUUAAGAAAAAAAGUGUUAAGUAAAAAAUAGAUAAGUAAAAAAUAACAAAUAAUUAAAGAGCAGCAGUAAAAUAAAAUAAUAGCAGGGAGGCUAUAUACAGGGGGUACCGGUACAGAGUCAAUGUGCGGGGGCACCGGUUAGUCGAGGUAAUUGAGGUAAUAUGUACAUGUGAGUAGAGUUCAAGUGACUAUGCAUAGAUAAUAAACAGAGUAGCAGCAGCGUAAAAGAGGGGGUGGGGGUGGGGGGACAAUGUAAAUAGUCCGGGUAGCCAUGAUUAGCUGUUCAGGAGUCUUAUGGCUUGGGGAUAGAAGCUGUUAAGAAGCAUUUUGGACUUAGACUUGGCGCUCCGGUACCGCUUGCCGUGCGGUAGCUGAGAGAACAGUCUAUGACUAGGGUGGCUGGAGUCUUUGAUCAUUUUUAGGGCCUUCCUCUGACACCGCCUGGUAUAGAGGUCCUGGAUGGCCCUGGAUGGCAGGAAGCUUGGUGUGUUUUUGUAGAGAAAUCGCUCAAAGUGUCGCCUUGGAAACCAUAGAGACUCUUGCAUUCAACAACCUUCUGGACCUCCAUGAAAUGUGAGUGUGUUUCCCCCCGGACUAGAACAUGGAGCUCAUAGAAAGAGUUUCAUCUGCUUUCUUGUAUCGGCUGACCUUUUUUUCAAGAUAGUGUUCUAGAUUCUCCGUGGCCAACGUGAUUAAGACAUUUAAGCAUGUUAACCCCCGCAAGGCUGCCGGCCCAGACGGCAUCCCUAGCCGCGUCCUCAGAGCAUGCGCAUACCAGCUGGCUGGUGUGUUUAUGGACAUAUUCAAUCUCUGCCUUUCCUAGUCGGCUGUUCCCACAUGCUUCAAGAUGGCCACCAUUGUUCCUGUACCCAAGAAAGCAAAGGUAACUGAACUAAAUGACUAUCACCCUGUAGCACUCACCUCUGUCAUCAUGAAGUGCUUUGAGAGACUAGUCAAGGAUCAUAUCACCUCUACCUUACCUGUCACCCUAGACCCACUUCAAUUUGCUUACCGCCCUAAUAGAUCCACAGACGAUGCAAUCGCCAUCACACUGCACACUGCCCUAUCCCAUCUGGACAAGAGCAACACCAUAGUACCCUCCAAGCUCAUCAUCAAGCUCGACGCCCUGGGUCUGAACCCCGCCCUGUGCAACUGGGUCCUGGACUUCCUGACGGGCCGCCCCCAGGUGGUGAAGGUAGGAAACAACAUCUCCACUUCGCUGAUCCUCAACACUGGGGCCCCACAAGGGUGCGUGCUCAGCCCCCUCCUGUACUCCCUGUUCACCCAUGAAUGCGUGGCCAAGCACACCUCCAACUCAAUCAUCAAGUUUGCAGAUGACACAACAGUAGUAGGCUUGAUUACCAACAAUGACGAGACCGCCUACAUGGAGGAGGUGAGGGCUCUGGGAGUGUGGUGCCAGGAAAAUAACCUCUCACUCAACAUCAACAAAACAAAGGAGAUGAUCGUGGACUUCAGGAAACAGCAGAGGGUGCACCCCCCUAUCCACAUCGACGGGACCGCAGUGGAGAAGGUGGAAAGCUUCAAGUUCCUUGGCGUACACAUCACAGACAAACUGAAAUGGUCCACCCACGCAGACAGUGUGGUGAAGAAGGCGCAACAGAGCCUCUUCAACCUCAGGAGGCUGAAGAAAUGUGGCUUGGCACCUAAAACCCUCACAAACUUUUACAGAUGCGCAAUUGAGAGCAUCCUGUCGGGCUGUAUCACCACCUGGUACGGCAACUGCACCGCCCGCAACCGCAGGGCUCUCCAGAGGGUGGUGCGGUCUGCCAAAUGCAUUAUCGGGGGCAAACUACCCGGCCUCCAAGACACAUACAGCACCCGAUGUCACAGGAAGGCCAAAAAGAUCAUCAAGGACAUCAACCACCCGAGCCACUGCCUGUUCACCCAGCUAUCAUCCAGAAGGCGAGGUCAGUACAGGUGCAUCAAAGCUGGGACCGAGAGAAUGAAAAACUGCUUCUAUCUCAAGGCCAUCAGACUGUUAAAUAGCCAUCACUAGCACAUUAGAGGCUGCUGCUGCCUAUUGAAAUCACUGGCCACUUUAAGAAAUGGAACACUAGUCACUUUAAUAAUGUUUACAUAUCUUGCACUACUCAUCUCAUAUGUAUAUACUGUAUUCUAUUCUAUAAUAUUCUACUGUAUCUUAGUCCAUGCCGCUCUGUCAUUGCUUGUCCAUAUACAUGUAUAUUUUCAUAAAUUCCAUUCCUUACUAGUUUUGUGUGUAUUAGGUGUCUGUUGUGAAAUUGUUAGAUAUUACGGCACUGUCGGAGCUAGAAGCACAAGCAUUUCGCUACACCCGCAAUAACAUCUGCUAAACACGUGUAUGUGACAAAUAACAUUUGAUUUGAUUUACAGGUGAUGUUUGUGACGUUUAAUAAUAUGUCAUUGCAAGUGACUUAUAACUAAUAUUUCAGCUUGGGUGACAUGCUGUAUAACUACAAUGGUGAAACGUCAACAUCUUGACUUAUUCUACUGAGAACAUGUUGCCAGGUAAAGUAAUGAGGCUAUGUUGUGAAUAUAUGAAGGGGACUGGCUGAAAUCAGGAGGGUGCUGUAUGUCAGAUGUGUGCUGUUUCUGGUGUCAUAUUAACUUUUGUUUUGCAGCUUCAUUAAGAACACACGGAGCCUGGUGCACAUCGCUUGA